AUGCAUCCAACGUUCGUCUGCUUCAUCUUCGCCGUCUUCUGCGUAUCGGUCCUCUCCACAAAGGCUCUGCGCCUGAGCCAGAACGCACACUCGUUCAACAUCGUCCUCUUCGUCAUCUACCUGCCCGUCCUCUUUCUCCCGGAUCUUCUGCUCAUCUGCGCUGAGUGGUUGCUGCUGCGCCGCAAGAAUGGCAUCCUGCUCUCGGUUCUGGGCGUCACCACCGCUUGCUUGAUCAGCGCCACGACGCUGUUCGCUGCCACUUCGCAGCUCAGCUUCUGGUGGCAGACGGGCGGCGACAUCGAAUGGGCCGACGCUGCCGCCUUUGCCCUGCAUGAUGAGGGCCGAAAGGUCCUCAUGAGCGGCUCCGGCACUGCCAUGGCCAUUGGCAGUGCCAUUGUCGUCGUCGCCUGGAUCACAAAGGGCGUUCUGUCCCGCUUCAUCAGCGCCUUUGUUGCUAGCGUAGAGGCACGGAUAUUCGCACUACUACGUUGGGCUGCCGUAAAAGUGGGUUUGACAAAGCCCGUCAAGGGCGGCGUCGACCAGAACUCUUUGCUCCCGAUGCAAGAGAUCUAUAGCAACGAUUCCGACUCCGACCUCGACGACGAUGCGUCCAGCGACCGCACCCUUCCCGUCGGCGAUGGUCGUCCUCCGUCCGAGCGCCGGCCGACGCGGCGACGAAUUGUUACCCUCGUCCUGGCCGGCACCGCCAUGCUUGUCUUCUCGGCCUCGGCCUUGAUCCUUGACACGGAUGGACCCUACGGCCGCGUGCUGACCACCCUCCCGCUCCCUCUGCUCGACAUCUUUAGAGGCAAGACCAUCAGCUGCGACGGCAGCACCUGGCCGCUCCCCGACCUCGUCGACAAGGCACUAUGGGAGACGCCCAAGGGUAACUUCAAGGGCUGGGCGCCCGCUGGCGUAGACAACCGCUUCAUCCGCCAGUAUCGUGAGCGUGAACCUGACUGGGUACCCGCCACGCUGCCCUCCGGAUUCGAACGCUGGGACCCUGAGGAGAGGGAGAGGGCCAGGGAAGAAGCCCAUUCCGACCCGUCAACGACGGCGACGGGGCUGCCGGCCAGCACUCCCACGCCCGCCCGCGACCGAUGUCCCGACCCCGCCAUCGAAGAUCCUUUCUACAACCCCGUCAACGACCCCAUGAAGAUUAGCAACCUCGACAUGGACCUCUUGCAGCCUCUUCAAAAGGCUCUGGAGGGCGUCAAAAUCAGACACAUUGCCCUUAUCCAAAUGGAGAGCAUGCGCGAGGAGCUGUUCCCUUUGCAAUAUGGAUCUGACUUUCACAAGCUGCUCAUGAAGUCUCACGAGGAGAGCGAGCUGGACGAAGCUAAUGCUAGAUUUGCCAACUUGACCGUCAACACAGAAAGACUUACGGGGAAGUCGGGUAAUUUUCAAAACGUCGCGGGCGACCCCCUUGCAGGCAUAUCACAGGAGUGGCAUGACAUGACCAAGCCUGGCUACGGCGGAAUCAACAUUGUCGGCGCUCAUACGACCAGCAGCGUCUCGACCAAGAGCACGGCCGCGAUCCACUGCGGCCUCUGGCCCAUGCCCGUCGACAUGUUUGAGGAGUCGCAACUGCCCAACUACCAGCCGUGUCUGCCUCAGCUCCUCGAGCUCUUCAACCGAAUGAAGGGCAACUCGUCGAGCAAAGACUUUCGCGAGCAUCAGUGGUACCCGGCCUUCUUCCAGUCCGUCACCGAUGGCUAUGACAGACAAGACCAGUUUGACGACCGCAUCGGUUUCAAGUACAUUGUGACCAAGAAGCGCCUCAAGUCGGACUCGUACCGCAACCCCGAUCUCGAAGAGAUCAACUACUUUGGAUAUCCCGAGACAGCGCUCAAGAGCUACAUGCGCAACUAUAUCACGAAUGCGACGGCUCACAACCAGCGCAUGUUUCUGUCCCACUUUACGAGCACGACGCACCACCCCUGGGCAACGCCGAAAGACUUUGAGACGCUCGAGUACAUGGGCUCGGCUCACGGCGGGCUGGCAGACGCGCACAAGGACAUGAACAAGUACCUCAAUACGAUCCGCUGGACCGACGCCUGGCUGGGCGACUUGAUGAGCUUGCUCGAGGAGACGGGUGUAGCCAACGAAACGCUGGUCGUUUUCGUGGGCGACCACGGGCAGGCUUUCAAGGAGGAUCACAAGAAAACGGGCACGUACGAGAACGGGCAUAUCAGCAACUUUCGCGUACCCAUUACAUUCCGACACCCCAAGAUCCCGCGUGUGCAGCACCGCGUCAACUCGACAUCAAUCAGCAUUCUGCCCACGAUCCUUGACCUCCUCAUCAACACACGAUCUCUCAACGACAACGACAGGGUAGCGGCGUCGGACCUAAUUCAGGAUUACGAGGGGCAGUCCCUCAUCCGGCCGUACAAGCCGACGUACCGCGGCAGGCGGGCGUGGAAUUUCGGCGUGGUCAACCCCGGUGGCAAGAUGCUCACCAUGACAUCGGCCGACGCGCCGUGGCGGGUGGUGAUGCCGCUGGACGGGAAGUCCGAGUUCAUCUUCACGGACCUGGCGCGGGACCCGCAGGAGCUGCACCGGCGGUCCAAGUGGUCCAUUAAGAGCCUCGUGUCCGACGUGAGGCGAAACCACGGCGAGGAUGCGGCGGCCUGGCUCACCGAGGCGAACCAGGUGGCACAAUGGUGGGGGGCGGAGCGAAAGCGGCUCUGGCAGUACGAUGAGUCGGCCGAGUCGGACGAGUGA